UUCUGUGAUCAGCCUUCAGGUGAGAUCACACCAGGAAUCCUCAUAUCAAGGACCUAUAACCAAGAGCUCUGACUCAGAGAGAGAGAGACCUCCCCAGACCGUUACCUCGAUGCUGCAGGAAGGUGGAGUCAUUUGGGGGUAGAGAGAGAGACAGAGAGAGGGAGAAGGAGAUGAGGAGAGAGCGAGAGGAGCAGCAGCAGAAGAAGACAGAUGGAUUAUCUGACGUGCGCCCGGAUUGACCAGCGUUCCUCUUUAAGUCUUGAUUCCUGUUUUUCCUCCUCAGAGUGAAAUCUGUGAAUGCUUCGUGGAGUGUAGCAGCUGUCGGACAGGUAGACUGUGUGGUGCACACUGGAACUAAGGAGUUUUUUUUUUACACACAUGGCAAACUUUCUACCUGGAUAUCAGUGAACUUUUUCUUUUCCUUUUUCUUAAAUUGAGCCUGGAAAUACAAGGGUCACACUGGAGCAGCCGAGAACAAUUUAAAACAAAUUAGAAAACAGAAGGAAAAAGGAAAAAAACAGACUCUGAUCAUCAGUGGAGACGUCAGUGGAAUAUCAGCUUGACUUACUAUCAAAAGAGGGAAAUCUAAGCUUUCAUCCAGGUGCUGAAUAAUCUGGACUGUGCAGGGGGACCACCUCGCCCCGUCUGGACUGUGGAGGGCUCCCCUCCCUGCCCUUCCAGCCUCUCCUCGCCCCCAGCAGCAUGUCCCAGGCUCCGAGGCUGCCUCUAGUCCUCCACACGGCACACUACCAUGAUCAGAUGGGCUGCUGGAGGGAGUAAGGCUGCCUCUGCCUCGUCCUGCCCCAGGGCUGGGUUAGGGGCUCGUUCUGGUUCCGGGACCAGCUCAUCAACGCUGCUUCCCUCCCUGUCUUUGCCUCUCCUGGUGGCCCUGGUGCUUUUUUCCCUCUCCCUCCCACCCGGGGCGGCCUGCCAUCACCUCCGCAGAGACAGACUGAGGCUCGCCAACCCACGGACUCUCAGGGUUCCCCUGAACAUUUCAGAGACUGAGGUCGCAUCAAGGCCCAGGGCCACUGGGGGCCCCCUGGGUCGGACUGGGGGGCCGCAGGGGAGGCAUGUGCGCAGCUACAAUCACCUCCAAGGGGACAUGCGGAGGAGGAAGCUGUUCUCUUUCCAGAAGUUUUUCCUGAGGAUCGAUAAGAACGGAAAGGUCAACGGAACCAAGAGCAAGGAUGACCCCCUCAGUAUUCUGGAAAUCACAUCGGUGGACGUGGGAGUGGUGGCCAUCAAAGGGCUGAACAGCAACUACUAUCUGGCUAUCAGCAGGAAGGGAGAGCUGUACGGAGCGAGAGACUUCGGUGUCGACUGCACCCUGAAGGAGCGGAUUGAGGAGAACGGCUACAACACGUACGCUUCGGCCGAGUGGAGGAACAAGAAGCGGCAGAUGUUCGUGGGUCUGAAUGUCCACGGGAAGCCGCUGAGAGGGAAGAAAACCCGCAGGAAGAACACGGCCACCCACUUCCUUCCAAUUAUGGUGUGAGCUGGAGGACUGGACAGGAGGAGGAGGAGGAGGAGGACAUGCAGCACUGGACAGAGAGGUUUUCAAUACUGAAAAAAAAGCUGUAAAAUAAAAGACAUUCACUGAGAAAUCUCCCAUUUGGAAACAAGGCACUAACACUGUUACACAACAAUAUGGUCUCUGCUCCUGAGAUCAUGUACUUUAUUUGGUGGGAGAAGAUGAUAUCUGUGUUUUCUGUGGCACGGGGAGGCAAUAUUUAUCCUUUUUUUCUGUGCCAAACAGUUUGCAACUGGUGUGUAAUGUGGACAUAAUCGAUGCAGAAGAUGUUAUUUAUAAUCCACAUUCUCCUGUGAGACACCAGAUAUAAAAGGGGGGAGAGAUAGAAAAUGGAUGGGGGAAGUGAUCGGUCAGUUUAUCACAACAGCAUUAAAUAAUAGAGGAUACAACACAUUUAAAGCAAAUGUUUGAUACUUAACCACUGUGUUUUGACUGUAUUGUAAUGAUUUAUUUAUUUUGUGAAAUAUUUAACUGGAGGGGAACACUUACAAGCAUUCCUUUGCAUUCUUUACUUUUUAUAGGAACUCUAUUAUGUGAAAAUAAAAUACCA